GUCUCCCGAAAUCCACGUUGUUGGUUUUGUUAUUGAUGUUGUUGCUGUCCUUGGUGAGGGCCACCCUUCCUUCGGUUGCCGAUGUGUUGACGAAGCGCAGUGACGCAAUCGAAGCAACACGUCUCUCUUCCUUCUCUUCUUGUCCGCGAGUUCAACUUGAUGGCUGUUCCGAUACGAAACUCAAAUGUCUGCGCCUCCUCUCGUCGUGUCUUACGCACUAAGACGACGUCUUCUCCGAGCCCCCUAGCUCCGCGAUCUGCGUACCCGAGCACACCAAACUUCACAGGAAUGCGCAAUCCGUCUUUUGCCUUAUCGCUAGCUUUCCUGGAAGUCCUGCAGUUGCCAGUAAAAUCGUUUUGUCGAGAUUGUACGUUUGGAAAAAUCGUUGGCAGUUCUACCUCGGCUCCUCGCGUCCGUAUCCUCGUAAACCCGGCGUACGAAGAACCCUGCCAAGCCCCUCUUCGCACAGGCUUUACCGCUCUUCCAGUACCGGUACCACGAUUCGUAGGCCGAGCUGAGUGCAACAACGAUACUCGUAUCCAGACGUGCUCGUACAACAAUGACUGUUCCGCCUUGAGGUGUCGUGUUACAAGAAGUCUGGGUCUUACGAAGUCUGCGCCCUGAUCCGCACUGCGCCGCAGCAAGUAGGAUUGCACUGGGUGCCUGAAGAGAGGGGCGCAGUAAGCAUUAAGGGUUGCCCCGCAUCUGCAGCCUUGCGACGCUAGCUUUUGACCUGAAAUUGUGAUUGGUGCCCGGGCAGAAAGCGUGCCUGUGGCUGGUUAGGAACUCAGAUGUGGAGAUUGGAUUUACGAUGGGAGAGGAAGGUGAGUACCUAAUGAGAUGAAUUAGUGCACGUGAUGUGAUAGU